UAAAACGUCAAAUCGACCACUACGCGAUCGCGAAUAGCGAAGCUGAGACUCGUCAAUUUUUAGAGAGUACCUCCUACUCCCUACCUAGUGAGUCUGUGCCUGAAUAUUGAACAAAAAACAAUAGAACUUGUAUCGUGUGACUCAAUCUCAAAUUACUGAUAAAUUAAUUAAUAACAAAACAAAACAAAUGGAGCACGAUAUUAACAAGCCGUAUAAAAUCUGUGAUGUAAAUCGAGAAAAAAAGAAAGGAAUUGUGGCAUUAUCCCUUGAGGAUCUUCUUGCAAAAGUACCAGAAAAAUUAGGGAUGCCUUCGGAGAAUUUAACAGUGGUUUUGGAAUCUGAUGGCACUGAAGUGGACGACGAAGAAUAUUUUUCUACUUUAGAACCUGAUACUUCUCUUAUGAUUUUACAUGGUAAUGAAAAAUGGUCUCCAAAUAUGCCAAAGUGCCAAGUGUCUCUUGAUCAAACGGAUGACAUCGCAUUAGGAGACAAAGGACAAGUUGCUAACUUGGUUGGAAGGCUACAGCACAACUUGUGCCAUAUCUCACUGCUUGGAGGUCAGGACUUGGAAUUGUUGUCAGACAUGGAUCCAGACAGUCUAGCAGAUAUUGUGACUGAUAGAGACAAUAGAAUAAUUUUGGAGCACAUCAAAGAAGCAUCUGGAAGAAUAUUACUGGAGAAACGCCAAGCUCAAGAUGCCAUGGAAUUGUUGAAACUGUAUCAUCAGAGUGUUGCCAAUGGUAAUGAGGAUAUGUCACCACCAAAGCAAGAGAGAGUGUAGAGCAAUAUCUAAUCUGCUAUGGUAACCCACCAUUAUUUCAUUUGUCAUGACUUGAUUCAGACAACAGAACUAAAAUGACAAUCAAUACAUAAAAAGUUUACACUCAUAAUUUCAGUAACACUUUUAUAAAUUUAUCUAUUUAACCACCUGCCAUUAAAUGAAAAACUAAAUUAAAUUAAAAUAAUGAGUAUGCAUAUUUUAUUUUCAUAGCUUAACCAAGUUUUCAGUGCAAAUUAUGACCUGAAUCAAGUUAUGAGUAACAUAAUAAAUCCUCAAUUGAUUUUUAAGGGAUGGUUCACCUCAAAAGUUUACAAAAUUGCAUAAAUAUCUACUACAUCAAGCUUAUGAGCAAAAAUUGUUUGAUUCAUUAAUUUACAAAAAGUAUUUGUAACUUUUUUAGCAUAUUAAUCAUUCAUGAUAUACUAAACAUUGAGGCCUUUUUAUAAAACAUUAUUUACUUAGUUGUUUAAAUUUUAUUUGUAAGGAAUAAAUGUAUGUGCUAGUGGAGCCAAAGCUGUGAAAGUAAAUUACUGUCAGACAUAUAAAUGUAACAUAUUUGUUUGAAUAGUAUUUAAUAACAGUACUAUUUUAUAAUUAUAUUGCAAUGUCCUCCAUUAUUAUUACUUAUAACAUUGGGUAAUGUAUGUAUAAGCUGGUACAUGGUAAAAUGUGGUAGACAUUAGUAAUAAUACAACGCUAAUCUUAUGAAUAUGAGCUGAAAUCAAGAUAUAAUAACAUUCUUAAGAAGCAUUGUAAGUAACUAUUUAGGUGUGUAUGUAUAUAAUUAGUCUAAAAAGUAAUGUAGCAAUUUACAUAACAGUCAACUAUUAGAAUUAUCUAUUUAUACUAUAUCAUAUUUUUGUUUUAUUAUUUAGACUGAUCUGAGCAAGGCAUUGCCAAUACGAAUUAUGCCAUAGAAAGUAAUAUCAGUCUAGUACUAAUAUUUUAGAUGUUACCUGUUUACAAACUUUAAUAAAUGAUCUGACAAUAGAUAUGCUAGUGCUAGGCAUUUACAGUCUUCUAUUCGUUGUCUUUACAUUACCUUUCAUAUUUUGUAAACUUUUGAGAGACAAAUUGCCACAAGGUUGAUAAUCAACAUCAAUUUAAAAGACUGAUAGUUGGUAAAUUUAUGUUUUUAUAUAGUUUUACCCCUAGUAUAAGGUUUAUUCAUUUAAUUCCAAAUUUGCUCAAACAUUUUACAAGAUACUAAAUAAGUUUUCCUAAGUUUAAUUCCACUGCCAUGACAUUAAUGUAAAACUGGCUAAUUUGUUUCAAAAUGUAUUGAGGUAUUGGUCCAGGUGUAGUGAUAAAACAUUGACAUUAGUUACUUAUAUGGAAUUGUGAAAGUUUUGUUAGAUUGUAACAGAAAUAACUCCACCAUGCUUCUUGCAUAAUUGUAUUGUAAAUGUUUGUAUGGUCUUUGGAGGAGUGGGGAGCAGGACUUUGGUGUUGUAUAAUAUGUAAAUUAUGUGUUGAUUAUUUAUUAUAUUUCUUUAGUCCUAUUAAUUCAUGUGUAUCCUUGUUGUAUGUUUUGGGAUAUUUUAUUUGUUUACAGUACAUGAGAUGAAUGUUUAUGUUAGCAUACUGGAUUGCUGUGCUAGGUGUUAUACGUAAUAAUAUAUUUAUAAAGUAGUGCACCCAUUAAACUUAUUAUAGCUGGCAAAAGUAGGUACCUACCUUAUAAUGCACAUAAUAGUCUGUUGUAAAAUGCAAAUAAUGCCUGUUAAAUAAAAGGUUUAUCAUCUAAUAUAAUAUUUCAAGUACUGUCUGACUAUGUAAUUAGCUAAAAAUAUGUGAAUAAUUAAUUUGUAGCCUACUAUAGCCAGUAAUUAAUCUUUGAACCUCAGCAAUUAUUAUUACAAAUGUUUACCUACUUGAAUUGGGUACUCCAUGCUAUGCCAGAAUCAGAAAAUCCCAUGAUCUACCCAUACUUAUACCACCAUAAUAUUAAUAAAUGGUAAUUGUAAUUUAAAUUAGUAAUAAUAUUGUGCAAAAUAUGUUGUACUCAUAAUUCUACAAGGUGUUUUAGUCUUAGUAAGUAAUACAUUCAAGUGUUAACACCAAAUAAAACUUUUAUCUUAUUUGGUAUACAGGUUUUUUUAUAAGUAUAGUUGGUAACUAUUGCAAGUAGUAUUGUCUAAACUGUAUGUGAUGUUCCACUCGGGUUACUCAUAUACAAGUUAUUGUAAUAGCUUCAGUUGUAUUAGUGGCCUCCUAUGUGUGUAACGGAGGAAAUUAAUUUAUGUGUCAUGCAGACUUAGUGCCAAUAGUAAAUGACUUUUAUUGCUGUAUUUAUAUAUACUUUUAAACAUUGUUGUGGAAUUGGUAGUGUCAAAAACCUUGUAGAGGAAUUGGAAUUCAGUUUACUGUGCACAAAUAAAAAUAUUAUGGAUAUUGA